UUUAGCGGGAGAAUUCGUCUCUGAAGAGUUGUGUAUCAAUGUUUUCUUGCAACUAACUGUAAAGCAGAGGCUUGCUUGACUAAACAGCCAGACAGGAUGCGUCGCUCAGGUGCCCCCAGCCAGGUCUUUGGUAACAUGUCGAAGAAGCCCCGAUUCGUCCCUCCUGGAGCCUCACUGGCUGGUCCUCCUGAUCCCCCUGUGGGUACCCUGCUUGAACCGGAGCCUCUGGCCCCUAAACUCGCCCUGGGGAACGUGCUCAACAAGGUCCAGAGGAGCCUCUCAGCCCCUGCACUGCCCCUUGCCCUGCCUGUGAGGGCCUUCAGCCUGGCUAAGAGCAGCCCCCAAGCCCCAGGCCUGUCCAGAGCUCUAGCCAGGGUGCUGGGUGCAGCAGACAGUAAGAAGAACGAGCUAGAGCCUGAAGACCCUUCCUUUACAGAGGAGAACACUGGAGACCCAGCUGACUUCAGAUGUUCCUCACAGAGUCCGGCAGGAGGGUGUGGUCCAGGUGUGGUCGGGGCAGGGGCAGGUAGCGGUGCUGGUUCUGACGGGCCGCGGUACUUCAGUGUGAUGUGGUGUAAGGCCAGUGGGAGGAAACACAAACGCUGGCAGGGAGACGCUGUCCUGGUGACACGAGGGCGCACUGCCACGCUUAAAGACAUGGAGGGCAAGGACAUCGGCAAGGGUAGUGGCUAUAAGGUAUCAGAGCUGGCAUCGCUGGGUGAAGGAGAGACCUUGAUGAUAGGAGCUAAACAGGUGGAGGUGAUGGGACUCAUAUCAGAGCUGGACUACAAUAAGGGCCGCUGUUUCCUUGACGUCCAUGUGGAGAAGGAGGAGCCUAAGAUAUCAGCUCCUCCCCCCUCACGACGCCCAGCUUCUAAACCGUUCUGCCGUCCGACGCUAUUGGGCGGAGAGACUGAUAGGGGAGUGGCCAAGCCUCAGGAGGAGGGGCCCUGUAAACCACGCCAUGACCCUCUAGCACCAGGUAAAUACACAGACAUACAGUACACUCUCUCUCUCUCAUCACACACACACAUGAAGUUACCCAUUCUCACACACUUCAAACACACCACACACAUCAUCUCUCUAAUGGUGUGUGUAGGAGCCAUUGUCAUGCCCCGGCCCUCAACCAAUCACCAGUGGGCGUAUAACAAGGCAGGCCUCCCACUGGUGGAUGUUGUGGUUGACCCCUACUUGACCGCUCACCUCCGACCCCACCAGCGAGACGGCCUGCUGUUCCUCUACGAGUGUGUCAUGGGGAUGAGGGCUACAUGUAGGUACGGUGCUAUCCUGGCAGAUGAGAUGGGUCUGGGUAAGACCCUCCAGAGCGUGGCUUUGACGUGGACGCUGCUAAAGCAGGGCCCAUACGGCGGGAAGCCGGUUGCUAAGCUUGUGCUGGUGGUUGCCCCCGGCAGCCUGGUGCAGAACUGGGGGGCGGAGUUUAAGAAGUGGCUUGGCCGUGAGAGGAUCAACGUCUACACUGUUAACCAGGACCACAGGGUGGAGCUGUUUGCAGCGUCUCCUCUCCACAGUGUAUUAGUGAUCAGCUAUGAGAUGCUGCUACGCUCCCUGGAAGUGGUACAGAAGCUGGAGUUUGAGCUGGUGAUCUGUGAUGAGGGUCACAGGUUGAAGAACAGCAGCAUCAAGACUUCCUCUGCCCUCAGUGGUCUCAGCUGUACACGCAGAGUUAUUCUGACAGGAACUCCUGUCCAGAAUGACCUGCAGGAGUUCUAUGCCAUCAUAGAGUUUGUGAACCCGGGCAUUCUGGGGUCGUCUGCUGCCUACAGGAAGGUGUACGAGGAGCCAAUCCUCCGCUCCCGACAGCCCAUCUGCACUGAGGAGGAGAGAGUUUUGGGGGAGGAGCGAGCGGCUGAGCUCUCUCGUCUGACUGGUCUGUUUAUUCUGAGGCGGACCCAAGAGAUCAUCAACCGCUACCUGCCACCUCGUCAUGAUUGGACAGUGUUCUGUAGCCCCUCCCCCUUGCAGCAGGAGCUGUACCAGGCUCUUCUCUCGCACCGUGUCAUCCGAGCCUGUCUACAGGGGUCAACACAGACUCACACACACCUCGCCUGCAUCACCGCCCUGAAAAAGCUCUGCAACCACCCAGGACUGCUCUUCUCCACUGUACAGGAGCAUUCUGAUGGCGGCUUAGCAGAGGGUUCUCUGUAUGAAGGGCUAAGAGGUGUCUUUCCAGAGUCUUACUCUUCUGGGGGCUUCAGUACAGCUGAUUCAGGGAAACUACUGGUCCUGUCUGACCUACUGACCACUAUUCGUCACCUCAGCCCUACUGACAGGGUGGUGUUGGUGUCCAACUACACUCAGACGUUAGACCUACUCCAGGACCUGUGUGUCCACCUGGACUACACCUACUGUCGCCUGGACGGCAACACCCCCACCAUCCAGAGGCAGCGAUUGGUGGACAACUUCAACAGCCCUCACUCCGCCCACUUCCUUUUCCUCCUGAGUUCUAAAGCCGGAGGGGUGGGGCUUAACCUGAUCGGCGCCUCCCAUCUGGUCCUAUACGACAUCGACUGGAACCCUGCCAACGAUAUACAGGCAAUGGCACGAGUGUGGAGAGACGGACAGAAGAAGACUGUUCACAUCUACCGCCUGCUCACUGCAGGUACCAUAGAGGAGCGUAUCUUCCAGAGGCAGGUGUCCAAACAGGGGCUUUCUGGGACAGUGGUGGACUUGGGGAAAGGGGCGGAGCACACCAGCUUCUCCUCCAAUGAGCUGCGAGAUCUCUUCAGCCUGACGGACACACCCUGUCUCACUCACGACCUGCUAGACUGCAGCUGCAGUAUGGACGGAUCAGCCCCGGAAGAAGGAGAGGAUGAGGCGCCUGUGUCUGAUAGGCCGUGCCAGCUGGGUCGUCAAGGUGACCGUGGUGGGGCGGGGCAGAAGCAUCUGAGCAUGUCAGAGCUGAUGCAGUGGAGACACUUCGCAGGGGACACGCACACCUUCAGAGAUGCUUACCUGGACCACGCACGAAACCACAUCUCCUUCGCCUUCCAGUCCACCAUCUCACACACCACUCAGUAACACACACACACAACACACACACACACACAGAGGCUUUACACAAAUGACCUCAUGCAGAGACCUUAAGAUGUGUUCCUUUCUGAGAAAUAUUGGACUAUGUUAUUCUUUCUUUAUAUUCUCUACUGUUUUUACAGUUUGAUCGAAGAGAAAGUGUAAAUUAUGGAAUAAACUGCUAAGUUAUA